CUUUGAGAUACCCCAGUCAAGUCAGGCGUUACUUGGAGCUUCUGUGAAGAGUGUGCGGUCUAGCUCAAAUUCAAAGCGAUUCUCGUGCCGUCAUGAGGUUGAAUUGAUUUUACAUUUACCCUUUCUACAACUGCGGCAUGGUAAUACGUCUUACACAUUUUGACGGGUUAUGACGAACGAAUGCUACCCCUAUAGAUCCGCUUGAUUGGACCGCUCAUAGCGCUUCUGGCAAUCACAUACUCCACGUAUCAUAUUUCAAGAUGGUCAAUCUCACAGACGCGGACAUUGUGCGGUUACGCACCACUUUGCAAGAUGCCGUGGUCAAGUGCUCUGAGCGCUGUCUAUACCAGUCGGCGAAAUGGGCCGCCGAACUAGCUACUUCUCUCCCUUCCACAUCUGAGCCUGAAACGACCCUAGACAGCGAUGCAGACUCUCAAAUGUCCAAUGCCGAUACGGAGGCAGCUCCUCCACCCAUUGUCCUGUCCGCCAACACUGAUCCUCAUGAGGCCCGUCUAGAGGCACAAGAGGCUGGCAAAUACCUCUUGGCUAAAUCCUAUUUUGACUGCCGCGAAUACGACCGUUGCGCCGCCAUCUUUUUGCCAUCAAACCUGCCCCGCGGACCGCUGAAUACAGCCCCAAGAGCAGAUAUCUUUACAGAUCCAAUAUCGCCUCAGUCGACGCAUAAAGGGAAAGGGAAAGCGAAAGCUACAGAUUCCGACGCAAAUGCGUCUAUGGCAUCUUCAGAAAGCGCAUUCCCCCGCAUGAGCCAAAAAGCACUGUUCUUGUCCCUGUACGCCAAAUACCUCUCUGGGGAGAAGAGAAAGGACGAGGAGAGCGAGAUGAUUCUUGGGCCAGCCGAUGGUGGGACAACAAUGAAUCGAGAAUUAGUAGGACUGAGCCGGGGCUUGGAAAGUUGGUUUGCAGAACGAGAGCGCAAAUCCUCGGCGACAGGCGAGGAGAAUUCGAGCCAAGGAUGGUUGGAGUAUCUCUACGGGAUAGUACUGGCAAAGGGCAAGAACGAAGCCGAGGCUAAAAAAUGGCUUCUCAAGAGCGUCAAUUUAUAUCCUUACAACUGGGGCGCCUGGCAGGAGCUCAGUGAUCUUCUUGGAAGUUUGGAAGACCUUGCUCAAAUCAUAAAUGACCUACCACGAAACAUUAUGACAUUUCUUUUUCACCUCCACGCCAGCCAGGAACUGUAUCAGGCAACGGACGAGAUCCACAGCGAGUUAUCACAGCUCGAAGCUGUUUUCCCUGGAAGUCAAUGGCUCAAAACUGAACGAGCGCUCCUUUUAUACCACUCCAAAGAUUUUGAAGAAGCCGAAUCCGUAUUUUCUACCAUCGUCGAAAACGACCCUCACCGUAUCGACGCUCUCGACCACUAUUCCAAUAUUCUUUACGUGAUGACACUACGGCCCAAACUCGCAUACAUUGCCCAACUGGCGACCGCGACUGACAAAUUCCGGCCCGAAACAUGCUGCGUCGUAGGCAACUACUACUCGCUCAAAUCCGAGCACGAAAAAGCAGUCAUGUACUUUCGGCGUGCACUCACACUCGAUCGGUCCUUUUUAUCCGCCUGGACGCUCAUGGGCCACGAAUACGUCGAGAUGAAAAACACCCAUGCGGCAAUCGAAUCCUACCGGCGCGCCGUGGACGUCAACCGCAAAGACUACCGCGCAUGGUACGGUCUCGGACAAACCUACGAGGUGCUCGAAAUGCACUACUACGCCCUCUUCUACUACCAGCGCGCCGCGAGCCUGAGACCAUAUGAUCCGAAAAUGUGGCAGGCUGUCGGCUCCUGCUAUAACAAAAUGGGACGGCCCCUGCAAGCUAUCAAAGCACUCAAGCGCGCCCUCGUGGCUGGCUCGUAUUAUGAUGUGCCCGUCAAUACCUCCACCACCACCCAGCAAGGCGGAGUCCUCGGCGAAAAACGAACCAUGGUUCAAGCGCCCAUGGACCCCGAAACACUCUACCAAAUCGCCCUCAUGUACGAGAAGAUGCACAAUCUCGACGAAGCAGCGGCAUAUAUGGAAUUGACACUCGCCCAAGAAGACGGUAUUGGCGGAGACGGAGACGCAGACGAAGACGAAGACGAAGAGUACGACGACACUGAUGAAGAAGAAUACGAUGACGACGAGGAUUGGGAAGGAAAGGAAAAUGACGAUCGUGAGAAUACAGACGCCGACCUUGGCGCGGAUAUGAACGACCAUGAUGACGAGCAAAACCUCCAAGGAACAGCAGGCGCAGCAACAGGCACCACCACCACCACCACCACCACCACCACCACAAGACCCGCACGACGCACCACAAAGCCACAAAGAAACAAUCGACGACGACAAAAACGAGGUACUGACCCAAACACAAAGAAACCGCCCCGCAACAACAACAUUCCUAUACGCCCCGCUACCGCCGGCGUCGGCGUCACGUCCACCACUUCCCGCGCCCGCAUGUGGCUCGCCAGAUGGGAAUUCAGCCGCGGCGGCCCCGCAGGCUACCAGCGCGCCAUGCAGCUCGCCACGGAACUCUGCCAGGACGGAGUCGAAGUCGAAGAAGCAAAGGCCCUCGUGAGAGACUUGCGCGCUAGAAUCGAAAUGGAGAGCAGCGCUCCCGGUCCUGGUUCUGGAUCUGGAUUUGGUGGUAGUAGUAGUUUUGGACCGGGACCGGGACUGGGUUCUAGUACUUCUUCUGGUCUUGGCUUUAGUUCUGGUCCUGGUCCUGGUUCUGGUAUUGGUCCCGGUUCUGGCUUUGGCCCUGGUCCUGGCCCUGCAGGGUUCGGUAGCAGUUAUGGUCAUCAUGCAGCCGGAAAUAAUGCAGGGUUCGGGGGAGGAGGAAGAAGAAGUAGUACGAGUAGUUAUGGUCCUGGAAGAUCCAGUUUUGGAACGGGCUAGUCAAGUUAGCUGUUACACGUAGGUAGUUACUUGUCUGUCCUGUCUUCUAUCUUCUAUCUUCUCUUUUCUUCGACUUUUGCGCUCUUUUUUCUUCUUCUUCGUGGGCUUUUUCUUUUCGUAUGGGAAUUCAUUGGCGCAUCCAGGACGGCGUAUGUCUCUUCAGAGACGUCUGACAAUGUACUACUUACUUGCAUUUUUUUUUUCUUACGAGUAUUACUUGAUAUGGUUUAUAAUAAAUCAUGCGACAAUCAAAGUUUGUGAGAAGAGACAAAUGUUAUGAACCC